UCAUAUCUUAGUUUUCUGCUUCAUUCUUUCUCCUUCUCUCUCUGAAUCGAAACCCUAGAAAUUCAUCUUCCAGAUUCUGACAAGUUUCCCUAACGGAACCCUAGAUUUUCUAGUCAAACUCUCAAUUAUCCAAAUCAGAUAGUCCAAUCCCCCCACCUCAAUCCCAAUUCCUUCUUCGUUUCGCAAAUCCCUCGAUCGGUCGUUUCAGUUACGGUGGCUCGCGGAUGGGUAAGAUUCUCCGAGAAACCGCGAAGCCAUCUUCGAAUUCGUCAUGCCCGUCUCCGUCUUCCGUGCCGGCGACGACCUCGUCGACGUCGGUGACCGAGACCGUGAAAGGUUCGCACCAUUUCAAGAUCACGGGGUAUUCGCUGUCGAAAGGGAUUGGGAUUGGGAAAUACGUGGCGUCCGACAUGUUUUCUGUGGGUGGGUACGAUUGGGCCAUCUAUUUUUACCCUGAUGGAAAGAGCGUCGAGGACAAUGCUACCUACGUGUCCCUCUUCAUCGCGCUUGCCAGUGAUGGCACUGAUGUUAGGGCUCUUUUUGAGUUGACCCUUUUGGAUCAGAGCGGGAAGGAGAGGCAUAAGGUGCAUAGCCAUUUCGAGAGGACUCUCGAAAGUGGGCCUUACACUUUAAAAUACCGUGGUAGUAUGUGGGGUUACAAGCGGUUUUUUAAGAGAACAGCUCUAGAGACGUCGGACUACCUAAAAGAUGAUUGCCUCUCAGUGAAUUGUAGUGUUGGUGUUGUGAGGUCACGCACUGAAGGCCCUAAAAUCUAUUCCAUAGCAAUACCGUCUUCUAACAUUGGUCAACAAUUUGGGCAACUGCUGGAAAGUGGUAAAGGAAGUGAUGUGAAUUUUGAAGUGACAGGAGAAAGUUUUGCUGUGCAUAAAUUGGUACUAGCAGCUCGUUCCCCUGUUUUCAGAGCCCAGCUUUUUGGUCCUAUGAAAGAUCAGAAUACCCAGUGUAUAAAAGUUGAGGACAUGGAGGCUCCAGUUUUUAAGGCAUUGCUUCAUUUUAUAUACUGGGACUCGCUACCUGACAUGCAAGAGCUUACUGGGUUGAACUCAAAAUGGGCAACAACCUUGAUGGCUCAGCAUCUUCUAGCAGCAGCUGAUCGGUAUGGGUUAGAGAGGCUUAGGCUGAUGUGUGAAGCAAGUCUCUGUGAAGAUGUUGCAAUAAAUACUGUGGCUACAACUUUAGCCUUGGCAGAGCAGCACCAUUGUUUCCAGCUGAAAGCAGUCUGUCUCAAGUUUAUUGCAACCUCUGAAAAUCUCAGAGCUGUGAUGCAAACUGAUGGAUUUGAGUACUUGAAGGAAAGUUGCCCAUCUGUUCUGACUGAACUAUUGGAGUACGUGGCUAGAUUUACAGAGCAUUCGGACUUCAUGUACAAGCAUAGGAAUGAAGUCAUACUCGACGGAAGCGACAUAAAUGGGAGGCGGGUGAAGCAAAGGCUUUAGUGUGAACACUGAAGAGCUUUACGUACAGCCCUCUUCCAAUCUCCUUUUUAAAAGAUAGCGGGAGCCAUUGUUGUUAAAGAGGGAGAUGAUAAUCUUUUAAUAGGGUUAGAAGCAAUUUUUCAUUUUCUUAGCUUAUUCAUGUGUAAGAGAUGUAAAUGUAAUUUGUGUUGGUGUUAUUACUGUGCUGUUUGAUGUAGGUUUCUGUAAUAUCUUGUAUUUCUUUUACUGGAAAAACAUUUGUCUGAAAGUAUUGAUCACUGCUCCGUUUG